AAAGUAGUUCAAGUGCACUAACCUAAAAAUUGUCCUGUAACCCGAUAAAUAUCGGAAUAAUACAGCCAAAUGGCCACAUUAAUUAAAGAUGUUAAAUUGGAAAACGUUCCCACAGAAGUACUCUUCGAUAAACACAAAGAAUUCCUGCAAAGUUAUGAAAAAGACGAAAACAAUUAUGAAUACGGUAUGACGGACUAUUUACGAAUAUCGGGGAUGUACUGGGGCCUUACGGCGUUAGAAUUGAUGAGUAUUAACACUAAAAAUCAAAAAGUGAUAGAUUUUAUAGUAAAAUGUCAGGACCCUGAGUCGGGUGGUAUCAGUGGGUGCAUCGAUCAUGACCCCCAUAUGCUACACACGUUAAGUGCGGUGCAAAUCUUGGUUACAAUGGAUGAAGUAAAUGCCAUAGACGUAGAGGGGGUUGUAAAGUACGUUGUGAGUAACCAACAGGAAGAUGGGAGUUUUACAGGGGAUAAAUGGGGGGAAGUUGACACACGGUUUUCUUUUACCGCUGUUGCAACAUUGGCUUUAUUAAAUCGUUUGGAUGCCAUUGAUGUUAAGAAGGCUGUUGAGUUUGUACAGUCGUGUAUGAAUUUUGAUGGCGGUUUUGGCUCCAGGCCUUUAUCGGAGAGUCAUGCAGGACUUAUUUAUUGCUGUUUGGGGUUUUUGUCCAUUACAAAUAGUCUUCAUAUUGUUGAACAAGACACUCUGGCAUGGUGGUUAUGUGAGAGGCAGCUUUCAUCGGGUGGGCUUAAUGGCAGACCAGAAAAACUCCCAGACGUAUGUUACUCUUGGUGGGUUUUAUCAUCUUUAUCAAUCUUGGGAAGAAUACACUGGAUAAAUCACUCUGCAAUCCAAAAUUACAUAAAAGCAUGCCAAGAUGUUGAAACUGGGGGCUUUUCCGACAGACCUGGAAAUGUCACUGAUCCUUAUCACACAUUAUUUGGCCUGGCAGGGUUAGGUUUAUUAGGCGACGAAAGAAUCAUAAAAGUUAAUCCCACAUUUUGUAUGCCUCAGGCUGUUAUAGAUAAGUUAGGAUUAAAACCACAAAUAUUAUCUUAAGUUUUGUAUUUUUUCCACUUUUAUUUAAUUUUAAUAUAAACAACCAAAUAAAUGUACAAAUAAAUCC